AUGUCAUAUGUCAUUUUUUCCAUUUUGUCAUAAUUUUCAAAGCAUAAUUUUUAAAUGUUACCUAUCACUAAAAUUAAAUUAAAAUCGUUAAAAAUUGUAAUUUUUAAAUAUUGACAGACGUUUCUUAUAGGUUUUUUAAAAAUCUAAAUUAUAAGAGUUCAAUAUUUUGGAUGUCUCGCAUUGCAUAAGCUUUUUUCUAUAAUUUUAUAUAAAAACAAUUAUGGCUGGAUUCGCAUUAAGAAUAAAGACAAAAUCGGGACAUCAAGUAGUGAAUAGUUUAACCAAAGACAGUACAAUUAAAGAACUUAAGGAAAUGCUAUCGCGUUUAUCUAAUAUACCACCAAAUAGACUUCAAGUCCUCUCAGGUUUUCCUCCUAAAAUAUUAGAUCUAAGUCAAGAUGACGAAGGUAUUGUGAACAGCGGAAUCUCCUCAGGCGACACGUUAAUUUUAGAAGAAAAACCCGUCAGUGUUACGAAUACAAUAGUAGAAGAUGUGACAAUGUCAGGAAAUGAAGCAGAAGAUCCUUUCGAACCACCAGCUCAUGGUAUAUUAAUAAAACACAUUGUGCCUUCAGAUAAUUCCUGCUUAUUUACUAGUGUUCAGUUCGUCCUAAAUGGAAAAAUAGAUAAUACAGGAUCUGUGAAUCCAUAUCUCAGACAAUUAGUCGCUGAAACAAUUACUAAUGAUAAGGAAUUAUACAAUGAGGCCAUAUUGGGAAAACCGGUUGAUACUUACUGUGCAUGGAUUCAAGAUGAUAAAUCUUGGGGUGGAGCUAUUGAGCUAUCCAUACUGUCAAAUCAUUAUGGUGUUGAGAUCGCUGUUGUAGACACUGUUAAUGCAAUUAUUAAUAAAUUUGGGGAAGACCAACAUUAUCCUCAUAGGGUGUUCCUUUUAUUUGAUGGAAUACACUAUGAUCCACUGUUUUUAGAACCAUUUGAUGGGAGCAAACUUCAAACAAUAUUUCCAGUUUCUGACGAACAACUGUUAAAGCAAGCACAGCAAAUAGCACAAGAAGCAAAGUCCAGUAGGCAGUUUACAGACGUUGAUAAAUUCACCCUUAAAUGCAUGGUGUGUAAUGUUUUUUUGAAAGGGCAAACAGGAGCCCAGCAGCAUGCUCAGAGUACAGGCCAUACCAGUUUCGGGGAAGUGUAGAUAAAACGACAAAUUUAAUGUAGAAUAAAUAUUUAAAAAAAGGCUUUCAGAUGUUUUUAAUAAAUUGGAAUAUUUAAAUUGUUAUAUUGCAUCGAUGACAGCUAAUAAAAUACAUUUAAUUGCUUUAAUUUUAAUAAUUAAAUUUU